AUGCUCAAGGCCCCAGGGGUGAAAGCCGCAUGGGCAUCCUCGAGCCUCCGGAAGAUCAUGUCCAACGCUGAGCUCUUCUCCAACCAGAUCGCGGAGGUGCUUGGCAGCGUGCCGCAGAUUUGGCUACUGCUGGUCAAGGAGGGAGAGCCUUUCACUAUGGUACGCGCAGACCUGGAGGAGAUGGACAUCCCUCGGGAGUCGGAGAGGGCGCAGUCCAAGAUCUCGGAGAUCGAGGACUUUGGGCAGCCCAUCGACACCGAGUUCCUGGAGCUUCGGAAGAACCUCAUGUGGUCAAGACCAAAGAGCAUGCAAUAUGCCUUCCACCAGAUUGGCGAGGUCAAUGCGAGGGCCAUGUGCGAGGGCUUGGAGAUGGCCUACAACGCGGAUCACGCCAGGAUGGAUCCGCCCCACCUGGAGGAGAUCAGCAUUUGGGGCUGCGGCAUCGGCAACGGGGGCGCCUGCGCGCUGGCGCAAGCCUUCUCUUUGGGCUGCGGGCAGAAGCUGCAGAGCAUCAUCCUGGAUGAGAACGGUAUCGGUGCAGCAGGUGCCAAGGCUCUCGGUGCGGGUCUGCCAGCCUGCCCCAAUUUGCGCGAGCUGAGUCUGCCGAAGAACCCUUUGGGCAAGGGCUUCUCCUCCUUGCUGCGCGGUUUGGGGCCCACCUUGAAGGUCUUGGACGCUGCAGAGGCCAGCCUCGAUGACGCUGCCGCUACGGCUAUGGCGGGCGCCAUGCCGGGCUUUCCGCUGCUCAGGUCGCUGAGGCUCGCCGGCAAUGUGAUGAGUCUGCUGGGCAUCGAGGCACUGGUGCGUUCCAUGCUGCUUGUCAAAGACAUGCAGCAGCUGGAUUUGCGGGGCUCCUGCACAACUCCCUUGACCACGGAGUGGCAUAGGCUCAUGAAGCUGCUGCAAAAGGCCGGCCUGGACACUCGCAAGCUCCGGCUGUGA